AUGGUACACAAAAACAAAAAGCGCAAUUUCAAAGCUGUAAUGGGUAACAAGAUUAUGAGACUGGCCCGCCAUGGCACGUUUGUGUCAGUGUCAGAUCUGUUUGAUUCUAUGCCCGUAAGGAGAAAGGUAAUGUUGAGUAAUAACUGGAAUACUCAUGUGCAAGAACUUAAAUUUCAGCUUGUGCCACUGCUGGUCCAAUUCCCCGACGUCAGUUUCACCGUAUAUCAACACAACAAGACCAGUUUGACCGAGGUUUUCAACAUCGCGAAUCCUGCCAAUUUAACGUCGAUUUUAUCAAUUACCAGUGUGGUAGAAGGUACUAGUGGCUAUAUACCUAGAGAAGUAGCUGUUUUGCGAGCCAUGCACAACAGUGCUGUUGCUCAAUGGGAUCGCAUUGACUAUGUUGACGACUCUGGUGAUUUGGCUGUAUAUGGGAUUAUUAGUAGACAACUUGUCCCAGCAGCACCAACAACUUUCCAACAUAUUCUUAUAAAUGGAAAAAGACUAGAAAGCAGCUCGAAACUGUGUCAAGAAGUAGAUACUCUUCUUCAGGCAAGCGAUUAUUGUUGUGGAGAGCGGUCCAGGAGGGGGAAGCAGAAUUCAAAAAGUCCGUUUAUCCUGUCAAUUAAAGCAUUACAUUAUAACCCAGAAAUUGAAGAUUUCAAUGCUGAUGCUAGAAAUAUUCUGAAAAAAGUAUUGGUGACGGCUGUCUCUGAGUGUUUGAUUGCAAGAGGAUAUAAACUGAAAGGCGAGAGGUUACUGACGAAAAGGGCGUCUGAAAAUAACCGAAAGAUUGAUAUGAGAGUAUCGAAGAAACAGAAAGGUAAACAGAAAGGAGAAUCCGGAGAGUCACAGGCGCAUGAUAAAGAGAAUUCUGGAAGCGGCAGCUUUGAUUUCAACGAGCAUUUACAAGAGUCCGCUGGGAUUGAAGCCACAAAAGUCAGUGAACCAGAGAUUCCAUCACUUUCAUCAGAAACCUCAAAAUACUUCUCUUCUUUUUCACAAGAAUCAUCGUCUCAAAAGCUUGUUAAAGAAGAUAUAGAGAAUUGUGAAGUUAUUGCACAAGUUGACGACAAAUUCAUCAUGGUGAAAAUGAGAGCCACGAGUGAGUAUCCAGUCCUCGCUUUAGUUGACCAACAUGCCGCGGACGAACGUGUUAUACUGGAAAAACUAAUGACUAGUACUUUUAAGAGUCAGCAUGAAGCAGUGGCUGUGAAGGCUCCUAUCAGAAUAGAGGGUCUAUCAAACGACGACUUGACCCUUCUCGCAGAUUACAGACUAAUAUUUGAGCAAUGGGGUGUCAAAUACGAGAUAUCGUCUGCUAGUCGUAGUGUUGCAGUGUCACACUUGCCAUUGCUUGUGGAGAGCAAAUUUGAAGACGCCAGCUUUGUUUACAAACUUGUAGUUAGUCAUGCACGAGAUUUGUUCUAUGGGAAAGUAUCCAAGGCUAUAUGGAUACCGCAAAGCUAUAGUACUCACAAAGUUAGUGAUAUGAAUAGUGAAUCUGUCGCAUGGCCAAUACUGUCUAGAUGCUGUCCGGUGGUUAUUUUUGAUUUGUUAAACAUGACUGCCUGUCGUUCUGCUGUGAAGUUUGGCGACAAACUUUCACUUUCUGAAUGCAAACUCUUGAUUCGCGACCUUUCCCUAUGCUACUUUCCUUUCCAAUGUGCACAUGGUAGGCCGACUACCGUUCCUCUGAUGUCCAUCUAA